CCAUUCUCAAUAUGGAAAGCGAGAUGAUGUCAUAUUGUCACUUUCACCAUCGACACUGGAGAGGAGAACACCUUGGGAGCUCUUGGACUAGCUGGAAACAAUCCCGAGUGACGGAGCUCAUCAGAGACAACAGCAAUGUGCAGCCUGGCUUUCCUCGUCAUGUCCGCCUGCACCUUGAUCAGGGGUCUCUCAGUCUGCUGCCCUCAAAGAAGAUACCACGUCGUCAGAGAUGUAAUGACCUGGGACCAAGCUCGCCAACACUGUCAAAGUAAUUUCAUUGAUCUGGUUAGUGUUCCCAGUGAAGAGGAAAUGCUGGCAGUCAAGGCACUGAUUUCCCGGGUCUCAGAUUACACGUUUUGGUUGGGUCUGCGCAGAAACACAGUCAGCUCGCCUUGGGAAUGGUCAACCGGUGUGGCCUUUCAAUACAGCAAAUGGCUGAGUUGGGAACCAGAUGCUAAUGGAGAUUGUGGAGCCAUGAUUCCCACCGGAGAGUGGGGAGCUGAACCUUGUGGUAACCCUCAGUGCUUCGUCUGCUUGGCAGGACCUUCUGCGCUGUGCGGUCAGAGGGAGUACUUCCUGGUUCACACUGUGAAGAAUGCAGACGAAGCCAGAGAACACUGCAGAUCUCUGUACACAGACCUGGUGAGCAUCACAAGCCAAGACGUGCUCCUGGAUAUCGAACAGCUGAUGAACAAAGACACUUCCAAUACCGACUACUGGAUAGGACUGAGGAGGGACGGUGGGUCUUGGAGCUGGGGAAACGGGGAAACUUUCAACUACAGCAACUGGGGAGGAUUUCAGCUAGUGAGGAAUGGAACCUGUGUCACGAUCAAGACCUCUGAUUGGAAUUUUGGGACAUGGCAGGAGAACAACUGCAAUGACAUCAACAAGUUCAUCUGCUACAAAGAUAUACAGGACACCACCACUGUUCAGUUUGACUCUUCCCAAACAGAAGAUGGAGAACAACAAUCCCAGCAUCCUUCCACGAUGGCCAGCCCCUCUCCUCCUGCAGCAGCGGGUGGGUACAGAGUCAAAUGGCUGGUGUACGGUCAGGGAUAUGUGAUCAUUUCCACAGAUCCACAGGACACCACCACUGUUCAGUCUGACUCUCAGAGCUCUCCAACCACUGGGGCAACCACUUCCCAAACACCAGAUGGAGGAGAACAAUCCCAGCAGCCUUCCACGAUGGACAGCACCUCUCCUCGAGCCAGCUCCCCUGGGCACUCCAGCUCCUGGCUCCCUGGCACUUCACCCGCAGUAACAGUCACUCCAAUCCCUGAGGAGCUCCACCUGAUCUCUGACAGUAUGGUCUGGCCAGAGGCUUGGCAGUACUGCAGGGAUCACUACACUGACCUAGUGAGCCUCACAAGCCUGGCUGCACAGAACAGAGUGUCGGAGCUCGUCAGGAACAGCACUGCGUCGCGAUUCUGGAUCGGCCUGCACAGAACCGUGGUGUAUGAUAAAUGGUACUGGGUUGCUGGUAAGGAUAAGAAGGCCUCCCUAAACUACACUAACUGGGCCCCUGGGGAGCCCAACAAUCCUUACUAUGAGCACUGCGGGGAGAUGGUGCUGGGGGAUGAUGGGGGGGCUCAGUGGAAUGAUCUGUGCUGCUAUGAAAAGCUCCCCUUUAUCUGUUUCAAAGGUUAAAAACACAUCUGAAAGGUUUUAUAGCACUGCUUCUCAAACAUUCUGUAGUAUAAAGUACUUUAGUCUAAAAAAAAAGCAAUUUACAAAAACGUUAUGGAAAUAUCUAAGUCUAAAUUUUGUUGUAUAAACGUAGCAUGCGUGAAUAAUAAAGCAAAACAAAAUCUUGUAUGUGACAGAGUUUGGCAAUGCCAGAGUCCUGUAGAUGAAAUGACUGUGUAGCAAUCUUAAAGGGGCAAUAAUUACUUAAGAAAAGACUCCUCAAUACUGAUUGUGAGGAAGUGAGGUGGGGAAGCAUAAUAGUGUUGCACAGGCUUCAGUGCACAAUGCUUGUCUUAUGGGUUUCAUGGCACAGCGCAACACUAAUAUGAUUCCUCUCCUCACUUCCUCACAAUCAGCAUUGAGGAGUCUUUUCAGAAGCUGCUGUUCACUUGUUUUUCUUUUAAUUCAGGAUACACAGCUAUUUAAAAUGCCAGGCUGUAGAUAAACUGCUGCAUCCUGGUACCUGUGCUGUAGGUCACUGGGUCUGAUUGAGGCUGGACCAUUGGAGAGAGUUUGAACUGCAAUACAAGGACUGAUCAGCUACCAGGAAGCAGCAGCAACUUGGUUUAAAUUAUUAUUAUUAUUAUUAUUAUUAUUAUUAUUAUUAAUAUUAUUAUUAUUUAUAACGUUUUCUUUUAAAUAUCUACAUAUUACAAAUUGAAGUAUAAAACACAAGCAAUGAACCAAAAGAUCUUCAACAUAAGGAAAUGUCCAGUGAUCUUAUUGCUGGGGAUAAUAAGAUAUAAGAACAUGGAUUUUAAACCUUGGGCAGCAUCAUAUACGAUGUAUUGUUAAGAGGGAAGUAGAGAGGGUGAAAGGGUCUUAUUUAAUAUAUUUCUAAUUUCUGCUUUUUGCCUUUAAAAAAAGAUUCUAUAAUAUUUAAGUAGGUUUUACACAUUUAAAUAAUGCUCUCAUAUUUCAGUAAGGAAUGUACACAAACUAGACAGCCAACAGGGCCUGGUUUCUGAUGAUGCAGAUUGCACCUAAUGCUAAUCUGUGUUCGAAUGUAGUUAAUAGGUACACUGUAAUCAUAUUUAACUAACCAAAAUAGAUACUAUGGUAUGUACUGAGUGAGUCUCUUCUGUCUAUUUAUAUUCUGUAUUGCUGAAUAUAUUGAUAGUCUGUAUUUUUUGCUGGUAUAAAAAUAAAAAUAAUGAU